GAGCUGUUGAAUGUUUAAAUAAAAUCAAGUGCUAGUUUGUUUUUUGCGCAUUUUGAGUGAAGUGGAUGAAUUUUGUUUUUUACUGCUAAAGCAAAUAAUUUUGAUUUAUUUACCGGCAAGAAAUCCUGCCACAAAAUGAUACUAACAUUAAUACAAGUUCUUUUCGAUGUGAUAUUACUUUUAUGGGAUACCGUUGUAUUUUUUGCCCUAUCAACGUAUUAUAUAUUAGAAGCACUAUUUUUAACAGUAUUACCCACAUGUUUACGACCAGUCGAAGAUCUGUCGGGUCGUAUUGCAUUAGUAACGGGUGGCGGAGGUGGAGUUGGGCGACAAUUAGCUUUACAAUUAGCUCGAUUGAAAGUUACCGUUGUUGUUUGGGAUGUUAACAAGUAUGCAAUCGAGAAAACAUGUGAAUUAGUAUCCAGUGAGGGUUUAAAAAUUCAUGGUUAUACAGUGGAUUUAGCUGAUCGUAAAGCUGUUUAUAAAACUGCCGAUUUAGUUCGUAACGAAGUUGGGCCAGUUGAUAUUUUAAUAAAUAACGCGGGGGUAGUUUAUGGACGAACGUUAAUGGAUUUAGAAGAUUUUAUGAUUGAAAAUACGUAUAAAGUGAACAUUUUGUCACAUUAUUGGACAACAAGAUCUUUCUUAGGCGAUAUGAUUGACGCUGGUCGAGGGCAUAUUGUCACAGUGGCAAGUGUUGCUGGUUUAUUAGGAACAUAUCGGUGUACUGAUUACAGUGGUACAAAAUUUGCUGCCGUUGGAUUCCAUGAAAGUCUAUACACCGAAUUACAAACUCAUGGUCAUACAAAUAUUCAUGCAACAUUAGUUUGUCCAUAUUACAUAAACACUGGAAUGUUUGCUGGAGCGAAACCAAGGUUAAUGCCUAUGUUAGAGCCACAUGAAGUUGCAACAAAGAUUAUUUCAUCAAUUCAAUUGAAAGAAGUGAAUUGUAUUAUGCCUUCUUCGAUGAGAUAUUUAUUACCACUAAAAUGUUUAUUACCAGCAAAAAUGUGUUGGACACUAAUGUAUCGAGUAAUACGUGGCCCACAAUCGAUGAUGACAUUUAGAGGGCAUAAUAAAAUCGAAUAUACUCAGUAAAGUUAAAUAAUCCCAAAGACCUAAAUAAUCU